ACGCGAGAUCGAUCGAUCCCCCCUCCCUCUCCGAUUUCUCCUUUCCGACGAUAAAAAAAAAAAAGCCCAAGUCUCGCCGCCGCCCCCCACAUGGCGCAAGGCACCGCGCCCUCCGCCGGCGGCGGCGCCGCCGUCCCCACCCCCUCCGCCGCCGCGGCGGUCUCCACCACCACCACGACCCCCCCGGGCACCCCCCGCGCCACCGCCGCCUCCCCCCAGGCCGGGUACUACGCCGUCGAGCUCUACUUCGACCCGGCGCUGGAGAACCAGGUGCUCAAGGCGUGGAACGCGCUGGCGCGGCGGCAGCUGAGCAGCCGCCUCAUCGACGCCGCCUCCCGCCCGCACCUCCCGCUGCUCCACCUCCCCGCCGCCUCGCUCCCGGACCCGCUCCGCCUCGCCCCCUCCCUCCGCGCGCUCGCCUCCCGCCUCGACCCGCUCCCGCUCGCGCUCUCCUCGCUGGCUUCCCCGCCGUCCUCGCCCGACGCCGGUGUCCUCUUCCUCGCCCCCACCCCGUCCGCCGCGCUGCUCGGCAUCCACGCCCAGCUCUGCGAGCUCCUCCGCAAGGACGCCGGGGUGGAGGUCCCCGACGUGUUCCGCCCCGACCACUGGGUCCCCCGGUGCGCCGUCGCCGUCGACGUGCCCCGCGGGCGCAUGGCCGAGGCCUUCUGCGUGCUCCGCGAGCUCAAGCUGCUGCCCGUCUCCGGGUACGGGAUGGAUAUCGCGUUGGUGGAGGUCGGCCCGGUGGUGAGGGAGCUCGUGUCCUACCCUCUCGGCGGCAGCGGCGGCGCUGGAGCCGACUGAGAGGUGUUGUUAAUCUGUACAAUUUGAAGAGCAUCCUGGGUGGACAAUCAUAUUUGACAAGGACAUGAUAAUUAUUUUCGUUGUCCUUUUUACCUGGUUCGGGGAACUAAACUGCAAAGAAGGCUAGAUCAUACUGUAUCCUAACACAUACAGUAUUUUUCUAAUUAUUUAUUUAAUCUUUUGGUUGAUAAUGUUCCCCCACAAUUGUAGAGACCUGACAAAUCAUUACCAAUUCAGGUUUGUUGUAAUGCAUUAUCGAUUGUUGUGUGCCUUGAAAAAAUACUACUCCUAGUCGUGCAAUCCUCAUUCUGGAGUCUCCAGAUUUGUUUGCAUUGUCGACGUGACUUAGCUGGGCAAGAAAGCCUUGGUAUCAUGGUAUGCCAGUUUGGCGGUACACUGCAUGCAAUGCUGAUACUGGAGCGAACCCAGUUGUGUACACAUGCUAAUUUAUAGUGAAAUGCAGCUGCUUUUUCUGGUAA